CUUCUUCUUACUCUUCACAUGCACUUCCUUUACAAAUCACAACCCCAACCCCAACCCCAAAUUCAAACCUAGACUGUGCUUUCACUUCUCAGAAGCAAAUUAAGCAGAGAAAUUAAAAGCCCUUGUGAGAGAGCUUUGAGGUGUGUAGUUGUUCGUUCUCUUUGGGUAAAAAUGGCUAGCAUUGUGUGUGCUGAGCGCGAUAAAUUUAACCUCAAUUAUGAAGAGACUGAGCUGCGUUUAGGCCUAGGCUUGCCUGGCGGAGGUGGAAACGAUGGCGAUGUCUCCAAGAGUAGCGGGAAGAGAGGGUUCUCAGAAACUGUUGAUUUGAAGCUUAAUCUUUUGUCUAAAGAUUCAGUGGCAGAUCAAGCCGAGAAGAUGAAGGAGAAGAGUGCUCUUCCUCCAUCCAACGACCCGGCAAAACCACCGGCCAAGGCACAAGUGGUGGGUUGGCCUCCGGUGAGAUCGUUCCGGAAGAACAUCUUGACAGUGCAAAAGAACAGCAGUGAGGAGGAGAAGGCUAGCAGCAGUGCAGCAUUUGUGAAGGUUAGCAUGGAUGGUGCACCAUACCUACGUAAGGUGGACUUAAAGAUGUACAAGAGCUAUCAAGAACUCUCUGAUGCCCUAGGCAAAAUGUUCAGCUCCUUUACUAUUGGCAACUGUGGAUCACAAGGAAUGAAGGAUUUCAUGAAUGAGAGCAAAUUGAUCGAUCUUUUGAACGGUUCCGAUUACGUGCCUACUUAUGAAGACAAAGAUGGAGACUGGAUGCUUGUUGGAGACGUGCCAUGGGAGAUGUUCGUCGAAUCUUGCAAGCGCUUGCGCAUAAUGAAAGGAUCCGAGGCCAUCGGACUUGCCCCAAGAGCAGUGGAGAAGUGCAAGAACAGAAGCUAGAGGCACCCAUCCAGAGUCUGCCCAUCAAAGGAAAGCCAGAAGCAGCUGGGGAUCAUGGAUGGAUGUGCUUGUAUGGUGGUAUGAUAUAUAAAUAUGAGAGAGAAAAGAAGCUGGGAAAUUGUAUUAGGAGCAAGAAACAAUAACAGUACUACUUGUUCAUAAGACUGUUGCUCAAAAUUGUGUAGCUUUGUCUAUUAUCAAUGGCUUCUUGUUAGUCUAAUAACAACCCUCAUGCAUCGUCCUUUCUUGUUGUUGUGAGUGUUUUUUGGUUCCCUAGAAAUUUUCAGUGCCGUGUAUUUUAUUUGUAAGAGAUGAGAGAUUCUCUGUCCCCAAAUGUAUACAAUUUUUUUUUUUAAUAAUUUUAAAAUUUUAAAUUCAUAA